AUGAAUUUAGAGGCAACUAUAUUUAAGCUGGGUUAUGCUUCUUCCCUGGUGAUGAAGUGCAUUCCACUUCAGGCUCCAAGAAGGGUCCGUGGCUCAGUGUGUCAACUAUGCCAGUUUUCGAAAUCCAUUCCGUACCGCGAAAGAGCUGCUGUUCACACCCAGUCAACUACUGUCUCUACGAGAUUCAACACCCUACUCCCAAAUGCCGGACACCAAAAACGGAGUUUCGGAUCGGCUUUCAUUCUGCACAAUGGAAUUUCACGGAGAUUUGCGUCAGGUGGAACAUCUGCGAAGCCUCACGGUGACCCGGAGGCCAUGUUGCAUAUGGUCUUUAAAGAAUACCAGACCAUGAUAGCUUCUCCCCGCGUCCCUUCAGAUGAAGCCGUGGUACAAUUCCUGCAGCGCUGCAGCGAGGUUGUGAAUAUAGCACUCUCCAAAAAUUAUGACACAGUUUUCUCUUCGGCUACGAAUACUGAUAACAAUGCCACCUCAUCUCUCCUUGAUCUCGACGUCGAAUACGGAAGCAAUGGAACUGGAACUGGAACAAUGUCCGCGCCACAAACACUCCCCAAGCAGUCACCAAAAUCGUCCAAAACGUCAAAUUUUCAAUCGCGGGUGGCAACUGAGAUAUCAUCAUUGCUGAACGAUCUUCUCCGCAACCCGAAAAUUUUUAUCUCCCCCGAAGUCCUUCGCUACUACACCCUACUUCAAGCCCAGCUCAAGGAAGCUGACCACUUCCCCGAAAUAUUCUCACUCUAUGCUACGAAACCGGUACCAAACGAUAACGGUUCUACCAUCACCUACCACACCCCAAACCCCAAGACAGUUAAAAGCGCAAUACCCAAAGACCUUGCAAACAUUGCCCUCGAAAUCGCUAUUGAGAAGAAAAACCUAGCCCUAUGCCUCGCAAUCAUAGAUGAAUCUUUCUGCAAACCGGCCUUUUACCGAUCGAAGAUCUUCCGCAAAGCUGCGCUGCCACUGGCAGGCCUAGCCACCGCCCCGACGGCAGCGUAUGCAGCAGCCUCAUACAUCUCCACACUCCAAUCAGCCAUGGAUCCCAAUACUGCUCUCUGGGUUUCCUUUUCGGCGAUUCUUGCCUAUGUAGGUUUCACGUCUUCCAUUGGUAUGGUUGCGAUUACCACUGCCAAUGAUCAGAUGAUGCGCGUGGUGUGGAUACCUGGCAUGCCAUUGCGGCAGCGUUGGCUGCGUGAGGAGGAGCGUGCGGCUAUGGAUAAGGUUGCGGUGGCGUGGGGGUUUAAGGAUCCGAUGAGGAUUGGGGAGGAGGAAGGGGAGGAGUGGGAGAAUCUAAGGGAGUUUCUUGGCAUGCGGGGGAUGAUUUUGGAUAAGACGGAUCUGAUGGAGGGGAUGGAGUGA